CGCAAGGCUAGCGCUACGCCGCGGCAAAUACUUUAUGUGCAAAUUGUGUACGGUACAUAAAAAACUAAAAGGAAUCACUGUUUAUUAGUUUACGUAGUAUAUUUUAUGUUGAUAGUCAUUAUGUUUAUAUAUGUGCUUGAAUUAUGCGCGUGUUUUGUGUUGUGUUUCGGUCAGAAUCAUGGAGUUAAAGGACACAAUGAACCGGAAUAUCCCACGAACUUGCACAACGGCCUCAGCGAAGCGACGGGGAAUUUCUCAGUGGAGCUGUUAUAUCAUGCAGCAAAAAGGCAAGGAAAACAGAAUCUCAUAUUGUCGCCGAUCACAGCGUGGACGGUGCUGGCAGUGACGUCGGAAGGCGCACUUGGCAGUACACGGACUCAACUGGUCUCUGCCUUACGAAUCAAAAGAAACCGAACGGUUACCAGACAUGACUUCCAAGAAAUCGCCCGAUGGCUAGUCGUAAACACAACUACGGUGCAUCUUGCGAAAUUCAAUGGAAUAUUUGUAGACAAGUCUAAAUCUCUGGAAGAUGACUUCCGUCAAUCUUCGAAAGCAUUUUAUGAUACGCAAACCGUCGAUUUGGACUUCAGAAACAGUGCAGCAACCGCUGCUACCAUCAAUGGAGCCGUGUCAUCAGCAACCAAAGGCAGAAUUCCCAAAUUAGUUGAUGAAAGUAAUUUGAGUGAUGCACAGAUGAUCAUCACUAGUGCAGUAUAUUUUAAAGGGCAGUGGACUGCACCUUUUAAUGUUUCCUCUACAACUAAACAAAAUUUCUAUAAUAGUAAUGGGACAAAAAUAGGUGAAGUAAACAUGAUGUACAAUAGAUACACAUACCCAUUUGCUAAUAUUAAGGAGAUUCAAGCAAGAGUAAUUGAGUUACCUUAUGGUGUUGAAAAUCGUCUGUCCAUGCUAUUAAUGCUGCCAAAUCCUGGCAUUACUCUAGAAGAUAUGUUUUUGAACUUCAAAAAAGUACCUCUAGAUACUGUGUUUCAAGAGAUGAAACUUUCUCAAGAAGAGUAUAGUGACGAUGAAAUAGAUUGUUUCAUUCCUCGCUUCAAAAUUGAUUCUAGCCUUGAACUGAAUGAAAUUUUGAAAGAGGGAAUGGGAAUAUAUGACCUGUUUGACCCAGUGAAAGCCAAUUUGGGCCGCUUGGCUCGGGUACCCAUGUAUGUGAGUAGGGUUGUCCAUAAAGCUGAAAUUGAGGUUACAGAGGAAGGUACCACAGCGUCUGGGGCUACAGCUGCAGAGUUUGCAAACCGAAUUGGAGUUAUAAGAUUUGAAGCCAACCGGCCUUUUAGUUACCUUAUUGUGGAGAAAGUCACAAACACUAUUGUUUUUGGAGGAGUCUACCAACAGCCGAUUUUGUACUGAUCUGUAUAGCUAUAAUUGAAAACUACAAUAACUAUAAUUAUAGAGUCUAUGACUUUUGUGUACUCAAAUCCAGAGAUCUGAUUCUCAAUCAUUUUGUAAAAUAACAGUUGCAGAGAUAAGUGACCCCCCUGCAUAGAAAUUUGUUUGCAGGAGGGGUCACUUAUCUCUACUAGAAAUGGAUUCACUACAAUUAGGUAGAAUCCCUGAGGAUAGAGGCAAUUUAAAUUAUUCAUUUCAUAACAUUGUUUGACAACUACCUUGUUUGGUUUGCCAUUCAUUACCAAUUUAGCUUAAAUAACUUUUCUCCUAUAUUUUUCUAUUGUUAUUUUAUUUUCACUUGCACUUUAAUGAUCUAGACCUCGGUUACUCCGAGAUCUAGACAUCCUAAUAGCUUGGGCAUCUCUCUAUCCUUUGGUUUAUUUCUUACCUUAAUACAAGUGAAUAGGUAUCAUUUUCCAUUCUUGAUCUUUCUUUGAAUUUUCUGUAUACAUAUGUCAAAUACAAGAGUAGCCAUGACAUCUAAUAGCCCAAGCCUUAAAUCAUAUAUAUUAAAUCAUAUUAUAUCAACUAAACAGAAGAACAUAUAGUUCUUAAAAUAUAUAACGAAGAGAGAUAAAAUUAAAGAUAACUUGGCAAGGUCAUGUUCAAUGUAAUCAAGGCACUUAAAAUGCUCAUGAACCGAGAACUGGUUGCAAAACUGUCAUUUUAAAUAAUAGUUUCCACUUAAAAAACAGGUAAAUUGUACAAAUAAAAUAUUUAUGUGUAGGCAGUUAGUCAUGGUUCUGUGUUCUAUUAUACUGUUGGUGUUUCUGGUUAUUCUGCACCACAGGUGUGAAAAUGUUAUGCCAUUGAUGUUAAUAAAAUUAUGUACAUACAAUCAGAGCAGCUAAGAACUUCCCGAACAACACUGUCUCAAUUAAUAAGUGCAAAAUGGCAAAUGGAUAUGUUGUAUGUUAGAAAAAUGUUCCAGGCUGAAAUUUUGAGUUUUUUUUUAUCUAUGUACAAUUCGUUAAAUUAGGAUCAAUAACCUGUCAAUUAAAAUAAAUAAUUUUCGGAAUAUGUAACUACCUAUAUGAUUUUAGACUUUAUAUUCGAUACUUACCUAGUUCCGUCAUAGUUCAGAGUGCUUAGCCAACAUGCUAAUCGUUAACGCUCCGUAGCGUAGCGUAAUGUCUCUGUUUCACUUUUCCAUAUUAGUGCGACAGUAACAGUUGCGUUUCGUUCGCUUCGGAGCAUAAACGAUUGGCACGUUGGCUACGCACCCAGGGCUCUUGUCGAUCAUUCUUAUAGGUACAAGUUCUCAUAAUAUACCGAAAUUAGUACAUUUACCACUUUGAGCCCUUUAGUCGUUAAGCAGCUGUCCCAACACUCGUAACAACGCUAUACCGUAUUCUCGUGCAAUAAAGUUGAGAGUACACAAUUUAAACAUCUUAGGGUUUAUAUACUAGUUUUUCGACCUACUUACUUUUUAACAAAGUUUUAAUGUGUGUUGGGGCACAGUGGUCUACCAUUGAUUUCUGAUUGACAAACUUGGACUUGAGCUUAUGCCAAUGAUGGCUCUUUUACAUCAAUUCGAACCACCAGAACUGGAGUGCCAAAUGUCAUAUUUAUUUUUAUAGAAAUUUGACGUUUUUGCUAACAUCUUCACACUAUGUCAUUGCAAAGUCUGUGCACUGUUAGCUUGGUCUAUAUUAAGUUAAAAGACUGUAUGAAACUCUGCUGGGCAGUUAACGUGGUAAUAAGGAAUAAAUAACAACAAGAUUUUCCCUGAUUUAGUCAUUGUUGUGGUUUUAGUUGCUUCUGAAACGAAUUGCAAUGCAUUUGUGGAAUAUUGUGCGUUCAUCAACUUUGACAAACUCUGUAAGCGCGACAUUCAUAUGUCUAAAAUUGUAUUGUUUGUGUUAGAAUAUAGUGCUACCUACCCUAAGUUUUAUUACAGACACGUAGGUAUGUGUUUAUCAGAGGGAGUGGAAAUCGAAAUUUCGUUAUCUGCCUUUUCUUGCAUAUUCGGACGAAAGAGAGGCAUAUAACGAAAUUUCGAUUUUCGUAUUUCCCGGUAAGCCCUCAGCACUGGCGGACAUUGAGCGGUGCUACCUCAGCAGGCGUUGACUCCACUGGGCCACCGAUAUACCCUUAAAUACAACUCUACCUAAUUAAAAAUCACCCUGGGACCGCCACUGCUGGUGCUGACCAGUGCUCUUAAAAAUACUAGUAGGGAACAUAAAUGUCCAUUACUCACUUUGUAAUUUAAUGGUUUCUGUAUUAAGAAACCAAAGUAAACUAAUGGUUCUAUAUAGACGGCACCUUAUGCGUUAAAUACUUACCUACUUGUAACAAUGUAUAUGUGAUGUAUAAAUUUAAUUUCUUGUUGUGAGUAGCAUGGCUCAAAACCGGUCGGUCCUGACGUUUUUUGGGAGUAGGUAUGAAUAUUGUGAUAAUUAAAAUACCACCAAUGCUUAAUAGAAAAUAGAAAUAAACAGAAACAUAAACACAUUAACUUUUCGGUAUAGAAAAGUCAAUUGAACACUAUGUAUGGCACAAAUUAAUUAUAAUAUGAUGUGAAUGUAUGUAAUUAAAUAUUUGAUGUGUGUAAGGAUAUGUAGGUAUAAGAACAUUGGCGUAUAGUGUUUUAUACAAAUUGUAACUAUUAAGGCGAGAUUCCACCAGUGUGCGGCACAAGCAUAUUCAGUACCUACAAAAAUGCUUGUGCCGCAC